UCCAAAAAAAAAAAAAAACUCUUUUUUUGAGGAAAAGAGUAGAAGUGUGAAUUUGGAUUUUUACUUUUGGACUUUAGCUGACUGAUGUGGCUGCUAGGAUCUCCUUCCCAAAUGAUGAUGAUGAUGGAAGAGCGCACCUCGCCCUCCGUCCGCUCCGCGCAGAGCCCGGGGAACAACCCGGCCACCGUCCACAGCAUCGAGGCUAUCCUGGGCUUCAAGGAGGACACCAUCUUCCACAAGUCAGCGCCUUACACCGAGACCAUAAAAGACUCAGAGCACAGCGGGAAGGACACUGUGACCCAAAGGAAGAAAAGUCAUUACACAGACAGCUGCGACAGUGUGUGCUCCGGGGAGGCUUCCGCAGGCCCGGACUCACCGGACAGAGAUGGCAGGCUGUCCGACGACGAGAACCAGAAGAAGAAACACCGCAGAAACCGGACCACCUUCACCACCUUCCAGCUCCAUGAGCUGGAGCGGGCCUUUGAGAAGUCCCACUACCCGGACGUCUACAGCAGAGAGGAGCUGGCUCUGAAGGUCAACCUGCCGGAGGUCCGAGUGCAGGUUUGGUUCCAAAACCGGCGAGCCAAGUGGCGUCGCCAGGAGAAGCUGGAGGUGAGCGCCAUCAAGCUGCAGGACACUCCUUCCCCGUCUCUCCUGUCUUUUGGCCGAUCUACCAGCACCCUGGGCUCCACGCUGCCGCUGGAGCCCUGGCUCUCCUCUCCUAUCACAUCGUCCGCCUCCUUGCAGUCACUGCCAGGCUUCAUCAGCGGUUCGCAGAGCCUCCAGGGUGCUUACACUCCUUCUCCUCCACCAUCCAUACCUUCUUCCUUGCCAGCAUCUAUUUUCACCUCGCCGGCCCUGGGACACAGCUCUCACCUGCCUCACAUCAGCUCUAUGUGCCCCACGCCACCCACAUACCAGUGCUCAGUCAACCCAAAGAACUCCAGUAUAGCCUCACUACGGAUGAAAGCCAAGGAGCACAUUCAGUCUAUUGGGAAGACCUGGUGAUUCUUUGAUGGCCUGAAAUCGACAUGAACAUCCAGACGACAGUGUUUGAAAAUACUUUAUUCUUCUGUUGAUUGGAUUUUAUCAUUUUGGACACUUUUACAACCCAAGAAAAAUAAAACCACAAAAUCCUCAUAACUGGAGCAUAAAUUCCUGGACAAUUGUAGAAAAAAACAAGUAAAAAGAACAAAAUAUAAGUAUAAAAUAUGUUUAAAUAUGCUUUCCUUAUCAUUUAUGAUUUUUGAUCAUUGUUUCAACUGUGAAGUUUUGCUUAAUUUCUCCCUAUCUUGAUUUUGCAAAUAGUUGUUUUUUUUAUCAGUACAAACUUCUCCAGUACAAACUGGCAUCAUUUGAUUCUCUUCAUUUGUUUUUUCUAAUC